AUGUAUUCGGUUACAAUAAUAUUAUUUCUAUGUUUCUGCAUCUUUCCGAAAUCAUUGGGUGGGCUCGUGGUUUUGAGUCACGUCCCCCCGGAUCCACGGAAGAAGUCCAACCCUGAAUCGCAACAUUUGAGAGGAAUGGAGUAUACGGCCGCCGAUUCGAAAUUUCGAUCGUCAUCGCCAUCACCGAUCUGCGACUGUUUGCAUGUGUCCGAACACUCUUAUCCGUACAUCGUCGGUUCGCAGGUAACAGGGCGCUGUCCACCGUACCACGACGAUCCGCAGGAAAACGGAUACCGUCCGCCACACAUCAGCUGUCCAAAGGAAACCGGUAACCGUCCAUCGCCGUCAACCAACUGUCCAACGCAUGAAUGUCCACCUCGACGCACAAUGCCGCCCUGCAGCCGGACAUCACCACCAUGCACGACUUGCCGGACUACGCUGCCACCGUGCAAGAAAUUCCGGACUUUACCACCAUGUACCUGCAAGUGUCAGACCUUGCCACCUUGCACCAAGUGCCAGACGCUGCCGCCUUGCACCGAGUGUCAGCCGCUAUCACCUUGUACCACAUGUCGAACGCUCACCUCGUGUACCACAAUACGACCUCUUAAGUUGAAAAUCCUCAGAAGCUUCACCACACGCCGCCGCCGCUGUAAAACAAAACCUUGA